ACAGUGAAGAAGCUGCUUCCAAAGCUUCGGACCUGGGGUCUGAUCGAAAGAUUCCUGGAAUGGAGACUCCUCAGGACGGCUGCCACAGUUUCAACAGGAUAAUGAGUAUAGGAACUGAUGAGGACCAGCAACAACAGCAUGGUGGGAAUGCAAUGGUCCUGAUGCCUGGAGAGGAAGGAGGCAAGAAAGGGGUUGUACAGAGCCAGCUUGCUCAUGGUGAGCUUGAUCAGGGCGAACUUGCUCUGGGCGAACUUGCCCCAAGCAAGCCUGCUCAAGAAGAGCUUGCUCAGUCCAGUCUUGCUCAGGAAGCCACAGGAGUGGUAGAGGAGGGCAGAAACGAAGAAGAAGGAGAAAUGGAAGGAGGCCAUGGUGGCGAUGGUAGUUCUAGCCCCAUAGACAAGGGGAAUCACGCAGAAGGUGGUCACGGAAGCAGUGUUCAACUGCAGCCUCAGCAAGAGACAGCUAUUCCUGAGGGUACCAAGAGUCUCCAGGAUGGGGACAGGCUGCCUUCCCAGAGCCACACCAGAUUCACCCAGUCUCAGCUGGAAGACCUAGAGCGUCUUUUCCAAGACACUCGCUUCCCCAGCUUUCAAGUAAGGAAUGAUCUUGCCAGACGUAUGGGAGUGCCGGAAGCUGAAGUGCGGGAUUGGUUUAGGGCCAGGAGAGCCAGUUUCAGGAGAAGCAAUAGACUGCCAAGGCUGUUUGAUGCACCACCUGGUCCUCAGAACAAGGAUCCCUGA